UCUGCGGGGAGCGGCCGGCAAAAAAACUCCCUUGGAUCCGCCCAGAGCGCCUGGCCCCCGCCGGUUCCUCUCUCUCCUCGCUCCCAGCCAGCUUGCAGAAGUUUCCGGAGCGAAGGUACCGGACCGACCGCGUGCGGGAGGCGACUCAGGUGCUGUAAACUUCAAACAAUGAUUGUGGCUUAAUACUGCAAACAUAUCAUAGUGGAACUAAGGAGAACUUAAUUUACUGUUUCCAGGUUAACUACAGUUUCCUCAGCUUUCGACCAAAAGUAAGAGGAGACGUUAAGAUUUUCAUUCUUUCUGGGUUGUCUCUUUUCUGAAGAGCAAUGGAGAUGCUUUUAAGUGGAAGAGGAUUAAUCAUAUCUCUAAUUUUACUCCUAAGAUUCUCAGCAGCAAUUGAAAUACCACCCUCAGUUCAACAGGUUCCAACAAUCAUAAAACAGUCAAAAGUGCAGGUUGCCUUUCCCUUCGAUGAGUAUUUUCAAAUUGAAUGUGAAGCUAAAGGAAACCCAGAACCCAAAUUUACAUGGACUAAGGAUGACAAGCCUUUUGAUCUCUCUGAUCCUCGGAUAAUUGUAUUUAACAAUUCAGGAACAUUCAAGAUCCCAAAUGAAGGGCAUAUAUCUCACUUUCAAGGGAAAUACCGCUGCUUUGCUUCUAAUAAACUAGGAGUUGCUAUGUCAGAAGAAAUAGAAUUUAUAGUUCCAAGUGUUCCAAAAUUCCCAAAAGAAAAAAUUGACCCUCUUGAAGUAGAGGAAGGAGACCCAAUUGUCCUGCCAUGCAACCCUCCCCAAGGCCUUCCCCCUUUACACAUUUAUUGGAUGAACAUUGAAUUAGAACAUAUCAAGCAAGAUGAAAGAGUAUACAUGAGCCAAAAGGGAGAUCUAUACUUUGCAAAUGUGGAAGAAAAAGACAGUCGGAAUGAUUACUGUUGCUUUGCUGCAUUUCCCAAAUUGAGGACUAUCGUACAGAAAAUGCCAAUGAAACUAACAGUUAACAGUUUAAAGCAUGCUAAUGACUCAAGUUCAUCCACAGAAAUUGGUUCCAAGGCAAAUUCAAUCAAGCAAAGAAAACCCAGACUGCUGUUGCCUCCUACCGAGAGUGGCAGUGGCAGUGAGUCUUCAGUCACCAUCCUCAAAGGGGACACCCUGCUGCUUGAGUGUUUUGCUGAAGGCCUACCAACUCCAAAGAUUGAUUGGGUAAAAGUGGGUGGUGACUUACCAAAGGGAAGAGAAAAAAAAGAAAAUCAUGACAAGACUUUGAAGAUAGAGAAUGUAUCCUAUGAGGACAAAGGAAAUUAUCGCUGCACAGCCAGCAAUUUCUUGGGAACAGCCACUCAUGAUUUUAAUGUUAUAGUGCAAGAGCCUCCUCACUGGACAAAGAAACCUGAGAGUGCCGUGUACAGCACUGGGAGCAGCGGGAUCCUGUUGUGUGAGGCUCAAGGAGAACCUAAACCCACAACCAGGUGGAAAGUCAAUGGCUCCCCAAUUGAAAAUCAUCCAUUUGCUGGUGAUGUUAUCUCCCCUGGGGAAGUCAGUUUUACCAACCUACAUCCAAAUCAUACCGCUGUAUACCAGUGCGAAGCCUCAAAUGUCCACGGAACUAUCCUGGCCAAUGCCAAUAUCGAUGUUGUAGAUGUUCGUCCAUUGAUUCAAACUGAAGACGGAGAGGAUUAUGCCACUGUGGUUGGGUACAGCGCUUUCUUACACUGCGAGUUCUUUGCUUCACCCGAGGCAGUAGUCUCCUGGCAGACGGUGGAGGAAGCAAAACCGCUUGAAGGCAGGCGGUACCACAUCCACGAAAACGGCACAUUGCAGAUCAACAGAACCACUGAAGAAGAUGCUGGGUCAUACUCUUGCUGGGUAGAAAAUGCUAUAGGAAAAACUGCAGUCACAGCCAAUUUGGAUAUUAGAAAUGCUACAAAACUUAGAGUUUCUCCUAAGAAUCCUCGUAUCCCCAAAUUGCAUGUGCUUGAAUUGCAUUGUGAAAGCAAAUGUGACUCGCAUUUGAAAGACAGUUUGAAGUUGUCCUGGAAUAAAGAUGGAGAAGCCUUUGAAAUCAAUGGCACAGAAGACGGCAGGAUAAUUAUUGACGGAGCUAAUCUGACCAUAUCUAACGUCACUUUAGAGGACCAAGGUAUUUACUCCUGUUUAGCUCAAACUGCUCUCGAUAGCAUUGCCGAUAUAACUCAAGUGACUGUCCUUGAUGUUCCGGAUCCACCAGAAAACCUUCAUUUGUCUGAAAGACAGAACAGGAGUGUUCGGCUGACCUGGGAGGCUGGAGACGACCACAAUAGCAACAUUAGCGAGUAUAUUGUUGAAUUUGAAGGAAACAAAGAAGAACCAGGAAGGUGGGAGGAAUUGACUAGAGUCCAAGGAAAGGAAACGACAGUGAUGUUACCUUUGGCUCCGUAUGUGAGAUACCAGUUCAGGGUCAUAGCCAUGAACGAAGUAGGGAGAAGCCAACCCAGCCGGCCAUCGGACCAUCAUGAAACACCACCAGCGGCUCCAGACAAGAAUCCACAAAACAUAAGAGUUCAAGCCUCUCAACCCAAGGAAAUGAUUAUUAAAUGGGAGCCUCUGAAAUCCAUGGAGCAGAACGGACCAGGACUGGAGUACAGAGUGACCUGGAAGCCACAGGGAGCCCCAGUGGAGUGGGAAGAAGAAACAGUGACAAACCACACGUUGCGGGUGAUGACACCCACUGUCUAUGCUCCUUACGAUGUCCAAGUCCAAGCUAUCAAUCGGCUCGGCUCUGGGCCUGAGCCUCAGUCAGUGAUCCUCUAUUCUGGAGAAGACUAUCCUGAUACAGCUCCAGUGAUCCACGGGGUGGAUGUUAUAAACAGCACAUUAGUUAAAGUAACCUGGUCAACCAUUCCAAAGGACAGAGUGCAUGGACGUCUGAAAGGAUAUCAGAUAAAUUGGUGGAAAACAAAAAGUCUGUUGGAUGGAAGAACACAUCCCAAAGAAGUGAAUAUUCUAAGAUUUUCAGGACAGAGAAACUCUGGAAUGGUUCCUUCCUUAGAUGCCUUCAGUGAAUUUCACUUAACAGUCUUAGCCUAUAAUUCUAAAGGAGCUGGUCCAGAAAGUGAGCCUUAUAUAUUUCAGACUCCAGAAGGAGUACCUGAACAGCCAACUUUUCUCAAGGUCAUCAAAGUUGAUAAAGACACUGCCACUUUAUCUUGGGGACUACCUAAGAAAUUAAAUGGAAACUUAACUGGCUACCUAUUACAAUACCAGAUAAUAAAUGACACCUAUGAGAUCGGAGAAUUAAAUGAUAUCAACAUUACAACUCCAUCAAAGCCCAGCUGGCGUCUAUCAAACCUCAGUGCAACAACCAAGUACAAAUUCUACUUGAGGGCUUGUACCUCCAAAGGCUGUGGAAAACCAGUCACUGAGGAAAGCUCCACGUUAGGAGAAGGGAGUAAAAGUAUCGGGAAGAUAUCAGAAGGAGUAAAUCUUACUCAAAAGAAUCACCCAGUAGAGGUACUUGAGCCAGGAGCUGAACAUAUAGUUCGCCUAAUGACUAAGAAUUGGGCUGAUAAUGAUAGCAUUUUUCAAGAUGUAAUUGAGACAAGAGGGAGAGAAUAUGCUGGUUUAUAUGAUGACAUCUCCACUCAAGGCUGGUUUAUUGGCUUGAUGUGUGCGAUUGCUCUUCUCACACUAAUAUUGUUAACUGUUUGCUUUGUGAAGAGGAACAAAGGUGGAAAGUACUCAGUGAAAGAAAAGGAAGAUUUGCAUCCAGAUCCAGAAGUUCAGUCAGUAAAAGAUGAAACCUUUGGGGAAUACAGUGACAGUGAUGAAAAACCUCUCAAAGGGAGCCUUCGGUCCCUUAAUAGGGAUAUUCAGGCCACAGAAAGUGCUGACAGCUUGGUUGAGUACGGAGAAGGAGAGCAUGCCCUAUUCAAUGAAGAUGGAUCAUUUAUCGGCGCUUAUGCUGGAUCUAAGGAGAAAGGAUCUGUUGAAAGCAAUGGAAGUUCUACGGCAACUUUUCCACUCCGGGCAUAAACACAACCUGUGUAAGCCACAUUACUGGUUCACCUCAACUUUCUGUAUGUGUCUGUUCAAGGGAGCAAAAACUUUCAUAUAGGAUAGAAACAUGUUGGCUGAAGAUUUCAUCCAAAAUUCAACAACCUGCAAUUAUGUUAAGAAAAUAGCACUGCCUUCAAAAAAUAAAAUACCAAGCCCUUCCAGCCUAUGUUUCAUUUUUGUUUUUGUUUUUGUUUCCGGUGCUCAAAAUGCAAAACACAAAACAAAUCCUGUAUUUAGAUUCACUGCAGUGGAAUACAAAGUACUCAUUCAGUGUACUCCGUAUUUGCCUGAUUUAACUGUUCGAUGUGUUUGCAUAGCUGUUGCUACCGUGUGGAUUUAUCUCCAUAUGCACGUUUGUAUUCAAUCUCUGAGAACUGUCUUAGUGACUUUGCUUCACUACAGGUGGAAAGAUCAUAGGUAAACUGGUUAUUUAAAAUGUAAAAAGGAAUAUGAAUGUCUUAUUAAAACAGUUCACUGAAUAUAUACAGUCUAAAUUUAUUAUUUAAAUUUUAGUAGCAAAAAUCUUAGGUAAACAAUCAACUAGUAUUUAUUGAGCUCCUAACUAUUUGCCCAGAGAUGGUCAUGUGUGAACAGAAUUAUAACUUUUUCAGUUUCAACAUGAAAUUUUUUUUUUAUUUGUAUCAGUUAUGACAUCGACGAGCAUCUUUGUUUUUUGUUUUCUGUCUUUUCCUUAGACUACAUUUAGCUGCAAAGGAAGCAGUGGUCAGAAGGUUAUUUUAUUAAAGGAUAGGCAUAAGGUAUCCAUUGUUCUGGAUUAUAAUAGCUAUAUCUAUUUAAUAUCUUCAUUUCCAAAUUGACUACUUUUACCUUUUUCUAUGUUUAUAUAAUGGUAUGCUUGCAUAUAUUUCAUGAAUGCAUUGUACAUAUUUUGUUAAUAUUUACACAAUUUAAAAUAUAGAUGUGUUUUAUUUUGAAGUGAUAAAAAGAACAUUAACAGGCAUGUGUGUACAGCUAGAGUAUGUAGUAAGAUACCAUUUUCAGCAUUUCAGAGCUACAACCAAUAACAUGAGGUUCCAAAAUGGAAGACUUUGUAUAAAGUACUUGGAUUUUGUUCUUAUAUUGCUUUGUUCAACAGUCUCAAAAUAAAAUAUCAUAUAAAUAUUGAGGGAAAUGUUUUCAUAUUUUUAAAAAUAUGUUUUUGUUAUUGAGUGUACGCCUACUCUAGCCACCCCCCAACACAGAAAAACUGUUUACAGUUGAAAUUCCUAUACGUAUGUUUGCCUAUAUCACAUUUUAAACAUCUUUAUGGUGAGACUUUUUCCCUGUAUGUUCUUCUUCUGUCACAGUAAGUACAAAUUCAGAGAAUUCAUUUCCUGGUACAUGGGCUGUUGGUCCUUUUAAAAUUGUACACCAAGUUGUUUUAAAAGCAGUAUGAAGGAUUGUGCAUGUGUAUCAGUAAAGUUGUGUUCAACUUUUCAUUUUAUGGAAACAUUUUUUCACCUGACCCUGAAAUUCUUAACUGUGUUUAAGUAAAAUCAACUCAUAUAUUUAUUUUACUUUCUUUUUUGAACUGUAAUUAUUGGUGUAUACUGUUAAAUCCUCAGCUUUGAUUUAUGUGAUGCCUUAUAUUUCUUGGGGACCAAAAUUAGGGGCAUCUAUAAUGACCAAUGCAGUAAUACACAUGGAAUAUCUAAUUGUCCUUUUAAUAUCACAUAUCCUGUAAAAUGCAUAGGCAGGAAAAGAAUGUCUUACUUAACACCAUAAUUCACGGGCUCAGGAUUUGAUCAUACUCCCGGAAGGAAGCAUAUCAAAACGGGGAGGCAUCUUGGUCCUCCAACCACCCAUCCAUCAGGGCAACUUGAGCUCCAUCCACGUAUGAUUUCUAAGGUGCAACUUUUCUGCAGAAACAGUCAUCAUGUUUGGAUUUAUGUGGGAGGAAGUUGUGGUGCUCAGCUAUCGAUGAGGGAAAGGUUAGAACUUGCAGGUUUAGUUCUGCUACCAUUUUAUUUCCUCUUCUUUGUCAUCAGCCAAAAAGCGGUUUGAAGAGUCAUGCAGGUUGGAAAUAAUGUCAAAAAACAAACAAACAAAAAAAACAUUAGGAGUAGAUUCAUUAGCAAUUUAAUAAUCUGUAAGUCAGAAGUUAACACAAAGAUUGAAAUAUUUGCUCUUCCUAUACUUCAAUGUUUUCCUUCGGUUGUCUGAGAAUCAAGGGUGUUCCUAUUUAUGUUUUCUAAAUGGUCAAAACUUACCGAUAUGAAAAAUGAGAUUGGAUCAUGUCUACUGUUUGCUAUCACCAUUACUUUUUCUCAAUACUAUUUGGCUUCUAUUGAGAAUCUUUAGCACAGAAGAAAUCGUUCCAGGACUGUACCUGAUUUUAACUGUGAAAUUAUAUUAUCCAUAUGUUUUAUGAGUCAGAAUAAGCUUCAAAUGAAAAAGCAAGGAUCCAAGUAAGUUAAAAUGGAUUUCAUUCUUUUCCCUCAAACAACCAGUAACAGAGCCCAUGAUGUACAAUGGUGAUUCUAAAUGGGUGAUAAUUAAUUGCAAAAUGCCCACUGAGUGAUAAGGCAGCAGCCAAUAUUUAGAACUUUGUUCUUAAUUGGCUUUACACUAACUUUCUCUAGUCUACUGUCAGUAUUAUUUUAAUAGAAUAGGUUGUAUAUAAUCUCAAAGAUGGUUGGUGGGGAUGAGUUCCUAGAGAGUUGUCCAAGGGUGGGAAAAUCCAAGUUCUCUUCCUGGUUCCAGCACUGAUUUUGUACAUAAACCUUAGGCUAGUUGCUUAACUCCUUUGCUUCAAACUGUCUCAAUUCUAAAGUGCUAAUGAUCAUCUCAGUUACCUUAUCUUUGUCACAGGGUGUUCUUUUUUAUGAAGAAAAAUUUGAAAAUGAUAGAAGUUAAGAUGCCUUUUGACUUCAUAAACAAACCUUUAAUCUAAUUAUGUAUCUAAAUGUCACCUCACACACACCAACUCAACUUUUUUCCUGUGAGCACAUAAAUAUAUUUUUAUAGAAAAACAAAUCUACAGAAAAUAAAAUGUCUACUGUUUAAUGAACAGUAUGAUUUGCACAUGUCAUUGAAAAUUAUUAAUCAGAAGAAAAUUAAGCAGGGUCUUUGCUAUACAAAAGUGUUUUCCACUAAUUUUGCAUGCUUAUUUAUAAGAAAAAUGUGAAUUUGGUGGUUUUAUUCUAUUGGUAUAAAGGCAUCGAUAUUUUAGAUGUACCCAUGUUUAUAAAAAUGUAGAGCACGAUGAAGUUAUGCUGGAAGUCUCAAAUAAUAUUUUUUCCCUAUUUUAUACUCAUGGAAGAGAUAAACUAAAGAGAGGACAAUAACAAGAAAUGUUGGUGUGUUUUUCUAAGCAUUUAAAACAUAAUUACCAAUUGAAACCCUAAAUAUGUUUACAUGCCAUUAAAAUAUGAUCAUUGUAACAAUUUUAAAUUGAUUAUAAUGGGAUUGGGUUUGUAACCUGUGGUAGUAUAUAUCCUAGUGUUCCUAUAAUGAAAUAAGUAGGGUUCAGCCAAAACUUACUUUGUUUUGUACCUUAAAUUGUUUAAUUAUAUUAUCGAAAGAGAUAAAAGGUAUGUAGAACAGAUUCACCUGAUUACCUUUUCCUUUGACUUAGAUUAAUAUUCAUAGUAGAACUUUAUUAAAUGUGUUUGUAUUGUAGGUGGUGUUUGUAUUAUGCUUAUGAAUAUGUAUGGUUUAAAAAUAUUUUCAUUAUACAUGAAAUUCAACUUUCCAAAUAAAAGUUCAACUUCAUGUA